AGACCUCGUCCAGAUCGGGGAGACGAUCGAGAUAUUUAAACACUUUACCUACCUACGAGUGAUAAACCCGCCUACUCUCGCAUGGAUGCGCGCUCCCGCCGAUUAUACGUAGCCCGUUCCACGCGAGUAGCAUGUAUGAGUAUGCACGCCUGCCUCACCUUUGCCGCCAACGCAGCCGUAGUCCCCGGUCUCGAUGCCGUUGUAAGCGGAGGAGAGGCGUUUCGAAUUUUCGAAUUGCCUGUUCUCUCUCUCUCACUCUCUCUCUCUCGCCGUCGUCAGCACUCAAACACAGACUUCACUAUUAUCUCACUAUCAGCAGUAGUUGCCGCAAGUUUCCAUCCCUCCGCCCCUCUGCCCGACUUGCCCGGAUCAAUGCAAUUUUAAAAAAGGAAGAAAACCAGCUCCGAAAUACUCAUAUAUGAGAAAGAGAUAAAAAUA